GAGCAAUGGUUGGGUAAAACGCGGGGAAAUUCGGUUUGUGUUGUCACGCGAGUGUGAUAUUAAACUAAGUGUGUUUGUAUAAAGUUAAAGAGGCAGAGUUAUGGACAGAUGUCUUCUUAUUUUGGUGAUUAAUCAGGAUGCGAAGAAAGAGAGCUCUUUUAGCGGGAUUGAAGCGGCCAGAAAGGUGUAUAAUAAGCUAAAAGCUAUUUGCACGACUAACACUACAUCACGGCUUUCUCCAUUUCCAGCUUGCUCUCUGAGUGGAGCUCCUGCUGCCCCAAAAUGGUUCUUCGCCAUUCAAGCAACUUAUGGCUUGACACAGUUCUGUAGCUCGGACUGGGAUGAGGUGUGUGUGCAGCAGAGUGAUGGUGAAGAGUCUGUGCUUUCUCCUGUGGACAGCUGUGCCAGCUCCCUGCAAGAGCAAGAGGAGCAGAUCCAGCUGUCCGAGAUCAGCUCUCACACAGAGCUUUUUGAGGAAGCAGCCGACUGUCUUCAUCAGUUAGCAGACAAACUUCCUCCUCCAGGAAGGUUCCUGCUGGAUGUGAUUGUGCUUUGUGAGGGCGAGGUAGGAAUGAAGGAGUUCCUGCCGGUGAUCGGCUCCCUGAAGCACAUGCAGGCUUGGCACUCUGCACAGAUGACCGUCGUCACGGAGCACAUGGCGGGAUGGCGAACGGCAGCGGCGUAUUUGUCAGGCCGAGUGUGUUCUCCAUCUGAUGUAGAGGGCUGCUUUGAUCCCAGCGAGCUUUGGAGGGGUGGACUGCUGAUCCGAGAGAAGAAGUUUGUCUCUGAGCUGCUGUUUGAGGGUUUCAGUUUGAAGUGGCAGACCCGAGGUGCCCGGAGCCAUGUGUUCUUCCCACACUCAGACCCCUGCUGCUUUACUGACCACAUGACUCAGCCUGAGGUGUUUCACUAUUACCAGCCGCUUCUGGAGCUAAUCCAGUUGGUUCGAGUGGCAGAUCUCCCAGUGAUUCUUCUUUCCAGCACUGAGUUUGAGCUUGCCUUAUCCAGCAAAUCCACCAAAACCAAACUUCUCCUAGAGCAGCUUAGAACUUUACGUGGAGAGGUCGGGGCUCUGUUCUCUCUCUCCUGUGUCGUGAGUGUUGAAGCUUUUCCUCCAGCCUCCCAGCUCAGUUCCUCCAAAUGGAGGGAGUUUGUGGCCAAGCACCCAAAAGCCUUCGCUGCUCCAGAUGUCAAGAUGAAAGGAGAGAAAGGACACUAUCUUGUCUUGGUCCAGGGGGCCGAGUCUGGCGGGUGCAAAGCACGGUUGAUCCACUCCAGCGAUCAGAUUAACGGUGCUGUCGCUCUGGCAACGAUCAAUGGUCUCGUGCAGGAAAAAGUUCCAUUAUCCUCAGGAACUAAGAUUGCUGAUUGGCUGCAGUCUCUGCCUCGUCUCUGUGGAGACGACCUCUUACGGAAGGAGAAGAUGCUGGCCAGGGUCCAGCACCAGGUCGUCCAGGAAUGUGCCCGAAGAAGAGGACAGGAAGCACAGAAGCCUGCAGCUGUGCCUCUAAAUGACCUGCAAGUCCUGCUGCGCCUGGCCAGAGAACAGUACCUGAAAAUGCAAAAUGCUACGCCGUCAUGUGUGCCAGUGGAGAAGGAGAACUGCACUUGUGUUACAGGAGACAGUAAACACACCGCCCACUUAGAAUGGCCAGAGAGAAGUGUUUUGAGGAACCACGAGAACGCACAAAAGACUCGGCACAAAAAAAGGUCUAACCUCUUUAGCAGUGGCUCUUCAGACUGUCUCAUGGGCCCUAAAGAUGGCCAGAAGAGUGUUUCUGCACCAAUAGAUGCACGAGAGCUGCUUAAGCACUUCACUACUGAUGGGCUGCCAAGUGGAGAACUACAACCUCUCCUUGUCCUCAGAGGGGACAAUGCAUUCCAUCUGUCACCUGAUCUCACACCUAGGAAGGUGACCAGGCUUCCGUUCAGGCAAGCAGCCAGCGCCCACUACCAUGGCAUAGAGUUUUGCUUGGACGAGCGGAAGGCUCUGGAGAGAGACUGCGGAUUUGCUCGCCUGCAGUCACGGCUAAUCCGCUUCGAGACCCAGACUACUUGCUGUAAAGAGCCGUGCCCGGUGCCGCUGGCACUGAGCCCUAUGCCAGCACCCUCUCCCUCGCCCUCUGAACGUGCCAGUGUACAGGACACAGAAGCUGCGCAGAACGAACCAGCUCGUCUCAAACGCCGCUCCCGUGACCCGGACGUGCAGGCACACGCACACCAGCAAAAAAGGUUGGCCAAGUCAGAGAGCAGCGAGUCUCUUGUCUCUCAGUGCACUGGAGGUAGUGGUGCACAACCAGCUGUGAGAGCUCUGCAGCAACAGUCAGGCCGUUCUCUCUCCUGCUCAACCAGACACUCCACCACUGGAGCUGAAAGUUCCAACGAGCCUCCAGCCUCUAGCCAGGGCCAAACAGAGUCACGCUCACAGAAACACAAUCGAAUGCUGAAGGAGGUGGUUGCAAAGACGCUAAAGCACUAUGGUAUCUCCAGUGAACACAAGUGCUUCAAGGCCUGCAGUCAAAGACUGUUUGAUGUAUCGAAGCUCUAUCUAAAGGAUCUAAAAACAUCACGGGGUCUCCAUGAGGAAAUGAGAAAAGCAGCCGGUCGAAAUGCAAAGCAGGUGAUCGACUGGGUUGUGGAGAAAGCCAAAAAAUGAUGUUUGUGUGAAAGGUACACACCAUACGUUUAUCCGUUUUGCAUUAUGUAGUGUCCGUAUCGUGUAUAUUAAAGAGUUUUAUUUUACA